AUGGCCUCCCCUAGCGUUCUCACCUUUGACGCUAAGGGUCGAGCAGUGUACUUUGAGGUCUGGGUAGAUGAUCUGCAGCUUUUCCUGCAGUGCGAUAGGGCAGACGGCCUCUCCCUGUUUGUCCUCACUUCUGGUGCCUCCCCUGCCCCUGCUGUUGAUGUUGAUGCCACUGUUCGCUCACAGUGGGCCACGCGUGAUGCUGCUGCUCGCCUUGCUGUGCGCCGCCACUUACCGACCACUGAGCGUGCACACUUUAGCCAGUACAAGAGUGCUCAGACCUUGUACGACGCUGUAGUUGCACGCUACUCUUCCCCUGCCACUACUGCACUAAGCCGCCUCAUGCUACCGUACCUCUUCCCUGACCUUGCUGCCUUUCCCACUGUCGCUAACCUCAUUACGCACCUCCGCAAUAGUGACACUCGCUACCGCGCUGCGCUUCUUGCUGAGGACCACUUCCUCUCUGCUUGCCCCACCACUCUCACCGUUGACCUCCUCGAGAAGGCCCUCCUAGCGAUAGAGAAGAGCAUAGUUGCUGCAGGAGCCUCUCGUGGUGACCCUUGCACCCCCGUCUUUGAGGGGUGUUCUCCCUCCCCCCUCUUGCCCUCUUUUCCCUCUGAUGCUGCAGCCGACCUCGUUGGCUUCGAGUCGGUCGGCGCUGCGUCUGCCCCGAGCAGAAGACGCCGCACUGGUAAGGGCAAGGGGGGCAAGGGCACUAGAGGGGCUGGAGGGGGCGGUGGAGGUGGUGGUGGAGGCGGUGGAGGGAGUGGGGGUGGUAGUGGGAGUGGUGCCGGGGGUGGCGGCGGCAGCAGCAGCAGUAGAGGCGGUGGAGGUGGCGGAGGGAGCAGAGGCGGCGGAGGUAGUGGAGGAAGCGGAGGUGGAGGAGGCGGCGGAGGCAGCGGUGGUGGAGCGAGUCGCGACUGUGCGCAGAGGAGUGGUGCCUGUGGUGGUCAGCGCCAGCAGCAGCAGCGGAGUGGUGUGACCCUGUCCCCUCAGUAG